AUGCCGAUUGAUAGUUGGCCGAUGAGUGCGAUUGCGAUCAGCCAUGUGACAUUGCAUCUUGGGAUGGGGAAGAGUGGAGGUGGCAACAGUCUGAUGAAUAUGGGACAGGAUGAAACUCGGAAUGAUGAUGAUCAUGAUAGAGGUGGGAUUGACCAGCGGAUACAGAAGUUGCGACUUUGGAAUCACUUAUGCCUGACCCAUAUCCAGUUCUCUAUAGGAAACGGUCGUCAGUCCAUGGUCCAGCAAAAGUUCAUCGAUCACUGCACCGGAUUGCUGCAAUUGCAAUCAUUGAGGACUAACUCCCAUAUGGAUUCAUAUGUCGAUGAUUGCCGACUUGUUGCUGAAGUCAUGCUGUACUGGAAGACGGACCAGUUGCUGAAAGACGUCCAGGUGCAGCAGCCAGUUUCAAGUGGAGAAUGCAAGAUUGCAAUAUCUCUACCGGCAUUAACUACAGAUUGUGGGGAUGAAAAAUUGGUGUUUACUGAAUUGGCGGCAUGGCGAGCAGAAUGGGGAUAUCUUCUAGACGAGCAUGACGCUGCUUCAGUACGCCUGCACUUUAGCUAUUUGCACUGCUACCUGCUGCUCUACCGUGUCUCACUGCGCCCUACGGCCAACACAAACACCUGUGAAUCGCAGCAUCUCCUCUCCGCUGCUCUGCGUACUUCCCGCGCCAUCCUGUCUCUCUUCCAAUCGCUUGAGCUAUAUUCUGCACCAGCACCAACUCCUCACCCCCGUACAUCCAGCUCCAGCUUGCAAGGUGCAACCUCAAUACUAGACUUACCUGAUCAUUACUUCUUCAUCACCAUUUACGCUGCCUUAACGCCGUGCAAGUUCACCAUCCACGAUCGUCUUAUUACGUCUACGCAAGGAUGUUUGCUGCGCAUCGCUCCUAAUGACGAGCAUAUUGCCUCUCGAUUUGGAAUGGUGCUUGACGUUAGAAAGAAGGCCGCCGCAGCUACUAGUAUUAUUGCUUAUCAUGAUGUUUCUGGAACGGAGCAUUCAGUAGGCAAAUCAAACGAUAUCAGCUCCGAUGGAGUUCUAGCUGUCUCUGAGGAGGGAGCAAGUCCCGUACUAGCGGCAGACACCCAUCCGACUGAUCAUACAACCAUUUCUGCUAUCAGGGGCGGUGAAGAAUCAGUGCAUACUACCAUGUGGGAUUUGGAAUUCGUCGCUGCUAAAUAACAGCUAUUCCUGGGACGUUUUUAUG